GGAAGAAUCAAUGACAGAAGAUGUAGAAGUAUGUUCACUGCUCCAGUCUGAUGAGACACUUGUUACCGAAGGAGAGAUAAUCUCUUCUGACUCUUGUUUACCCACUGCUCCUUCAAACAGCAUUUACAUCAAUUCAAACAUGACUGUGGGUGAUAACUGUAUAUAUACAGCAGCUAUUCCUGCUGAUAUAGCAGGAACAUUUCCAGAAGGUACUGUUUUGCAAAUAAUGCCAGAUUCGACCUUCAUAGCAGUUGCUCCUACCAAAGAUGUCAGCAAUGACAGUACAACUAACAAUCUGUUUAAAGAUGCAUCAUUUUCGGCAGAUAAUAGUGCAACUCAAAACCCAUUAACAAUCUCUAAUUUAUUAGUAGAAUCUCCAGCAAAUAAUGAACCACAGACUGCAGAGAUUCCAGUUUGCUCAGAAGGAAAUAUGUCUGAUAUCGUUCUGAGUUUUUUAAAUGAAACUGAUGAAUCGGCAUCAAUGCCAGAGAAAACUUUGAAUGAAGCGGAAGUGAAAGAAUUAGAAGGGAUGAUGAAUGCAUCAUCCCAAUCUUUAGAUUUGCUUAAUAUGCAUUCAGAAAGUACAAAAACAGCCCAGGAGCCUGAGCAACCGAAGGCAGAUGACAGAACAAAUGAAAAUAAUGCUGCAGAAACGGACAAUUCAUCUAAUAAUGUUGUGAUGAUAGAUGUUACCAAGCCAAUUCCACUGUCACAAAAUUCAUUAAUCAUGGUGAAUGGUCAAAAGUGCGUUCUUCAACAAGAUUUGCAAACUGGCCAAGUUUUAGCUUAUCCAGUUAGAGAGCAGGAAAAACCACACCGGAAAAGAGGGAGACCUAGAAAAACAUGCAAAGAACAAACUUCAGAAAUAAUUUCAAAUCAGUCAGAGGUGUCACAGAACGAGCGUGAAAAUGCUGCAUCAGAAGAAGAAAAGGAAAAGGGCUUGUUGGAAGUUGUCAAUGAUGAUGGAUCCUUAGUUCGCAGAAGUUCAAGAAAACGAAAAAUAGCUAAAGUCCUUAAAGAUUAUGAAACUGGAAAUCUAAAGCAAGAGCUUGGUAGUGAUGUUGAUGAUGAUGUGAACGAAUACGAUAUUGAUGUUCACUUACGGAAAAGAAAAUCUAAGGGGCCUGGACGACCAAGGAAAUAUGGUGUUUCCCAGAUAAAAAAUGAUUCUCAGCCAGACAUCAAUUCAUUAAAAAAGAUUAGAGGUAGACCACGCAAAACAGCUGUCGAAAACGAGCCUGUACAAGCAUUUUUGGUUCAAACAGCUGAUGGCCAAACUUUGAUGAUGCACGUACCCCUCUCCUGCAUUCCUGCUGGGGCUGCAUUGGAAGAAGUGGCAGUAGAAAUUGCAAAAAGAUUAAAUUUAGGCCUUGCUCAGAAUGGCAAUGUUUCCAACGAUUCUUCUAAAACUGUACAAUCAACGUUGAAAACUGUCGAUGAGUUUGCAACAAACAACAACUCUGCAACACAAAACCUUGAUAGUCAAAGUUCUCCAGAAAGCGCCAUAGAACCGUCGAUUCAAGAUCACUCCAUUGGUAGUACAACUACUUUUCCAUCUAUAGAGUCAUUAGAAGCAUCUAGUGAGCAGUCUGAUGUCUGUGUUGACAGUUCUUGCCAAGAUAUUUUAAAUAACAUUGAUCCUAUUGUUGGUUCUGUAUGUGAGAAUGAAGUAUGUGAGGUAACCUUAGAAAAUCACUCUUCAAACAAUCAAACUCUGAAAGUAAGUAGUAUGUUGCCUGACAGCAUUGUUGAAAAUAAUACUCAAUAUUCAAGUUUGACUGUGCCUACUUGCUCAGCUGACAGUUUUUGUAUUAAUAUUCCGACAUCAAAUGCUUCAGUUGAAAAUUCACCUAUUCUCAGCUUGACUAAUCAUUCAAAUGGAUCUGAUUUCGUUGAUGAUAAUUUUAAUCAGGUUCAAACUAUUGAAAACUCUCAAGUUCAGAAAGAUCUUUUUAACAACAGCGAUUUUGUGAGAGAUAAAGUUGAUAUUCGUUUGUUUCUACAAAAUAUUGUUAAUACAUCCACAAAAACUAAUUCUUUAGAUUGUUCUAGUAUGAAAAUCCAAACAGUUGCUGAUAAAGAUUGUGAUAUUAAUCAAGCAAUUGUGAGUUCAAAUAAUAGUUUAAAGCAAUUUGAAAUUGCAUGUAAUUCAGAAGAAUUGAACAAUUUUAAGAAUAUUAAUGAACAAUGCUCUGAAUCGGAACCAAAUCUAGUCGAAUCAACUAAAGAUAUAUUUGAAACCAAUGUUGAUAGUUUUGUUAACCAUGUUGCUAUUGAAAAAAACUGUUUACAAACUAUUUCAAAUGUUGAAGAUGACAAUGAACAUGGACAAGAUAAAGAUAUUUCAAAUCCCACUGAAAGCUCUGAAACUGUUUCCAACAAUGCAAGUGCCCAAUCUUCAUUAAGUCAGCCAAAAAUAUUGAAUAAUAGGAUUAGAACUUUACCAACUAUUUUUCCUUUGCAAACACUUUCAUCAAUUUUGGGGACAUCUGCUUCAAAUGAUACUUCCACUGUUAGUUCUACAACUGCAACUAUUAUACCGUUGUCAGAGAAGACCUUGCCUGCCUUUUUGCCAACUGAGGAAGAAAAUGUUUCCAAAAAGUGCAAAAUUUGUCAAAAAUCAUUCUCAUCCGAAGAAGAAAUAAUUGAACAUUUUAAGACUAAACAUCCCAGAUGUAUUUGCAGUGAAUGCAAUUACAUGGCAGAACUUCCUUAUGUCAUUAAGAGGCAUUUCUACAGACACAUCAACAAUGGCUGUUUUUGUAAAAUUUGUGGCAAAAAAUAUAAAGAUCAUUAUAUAUUAAAAAUGCAUAUGAAAAUGGUUCAUUUCCCACCUGAAGUUUUAUUUCCUUGUGAAAAGUGUGACAAGAAGUUUUCAAGGAAAGCUCAUUUGAAACGGCACCUUAGAAUUCAUGAGCCCAUCAAGCCAUACAAGUGUCCAUUUUGCGAAUAUAAAGGCUGUGAAAAAUCAGACAUCACAAAGCACUUACUGAUCCAUGAGGCUCCUAAACACAAAUGUGAAGUUUGUGGUAAAUGCUUCCGUCACUUGAAAAAUAAGGAAUUGCACUUAAAAAGGCAUUCUGGGCAGAGAGAUUAUAAAUGCGGUGUAUGUGACUUUUAUGGCUACACAUUUACAGAUAUUAGAAAGCACAUUGAACGGCGCCAUUCAGAUGCCAAGCUUUUUACAUGUACUCAAUGCGGUCAAGCUUACAAAACUGGGGAGCUUCUUAAGGAUGCAAAGACCAGACACAGAUUAAGCCUUCUUCCAGCUCAUCUAACGACGUUGGAGGAUUAUUUAAAGCAUCAACCUGUCUGCCAAGAUAGUCUCAAAGAUGUUCUAUCAGAUUCAGGUUAUGAGAUUGAGCUGGCUAUUCCAUUCGUCCCAAACUGUGGUCCUCAAGAUACUCCUCAACAAUUGGAGCUCGGUGAGGACCACAUAAAAAGAACGGGACAAUGUCAAUCCUUCUUGUUAGAACAAGGAUUAAAAGUGCAAGAACCUGGUACUUCAAACAUAAAUAAAGAACCUCCAUUGAUGGAAGAAGUUCCUCUUGACAUUUUAGGAGAACCAGAUCCAGAUCAAUCUACUACUAUAGAUACUGAAUGCUCUGAAGAAACCUUGACUUCCUUACAAGCUGGACAAUUAGUGCUCAAUAUGCAAAAUGGACAGUUUGUUUUGAGUGGCUUAGAUGAUAGUGAAAUCAUUACAUCUGAUAAUUUGUCUAUGAUAUCAGCAGGAAAGGAUCCUAGCAAACUUAUAACUUUAGUGACAUCUGAUGGGAAAAGUGUGUCUUUACCUCUCCAUAACUCAAUAUCUAAAGAAUGUCCUGCUGUUGAAGACAAGUAUUCGGAUUCGUAAUUGUAUUGUAUCUGAUUUGUGCCUAAAUUCAAAUCAUUUCAGAAAUGUGAUAAUAAUUUUACAAAUAUGGACAUCUUUUACAAAGAUGUCAAAAUAUUUAGUAUUACUUCCAGAAAAUGCAGCUUAUGUAUUGGUAAUGUUCAUAUGUUCAUAAAUGACUUAGGUUAUAAAAUAUGUAACUUAUCUAUGCAAAUAUUUAUUAAAUAAAAAAUGUGUGAAUGUGCCUUAUAUAGGAAAGAAAGCAUUCAUUUUAUUUUACAGCACAUGCCUUUUUUUUUUUUUUUAUAAAUCUUUUAUUUUACUUAAAUGUUUGUAUUAUUUAAUCCAAAGUUUUUGGAUUCUAAUCUAAACAUCAUCCAUCACUUUAUUCGAAGAUGCAUCUGAUGAAACAAAAUAUUAGUUUUUGUUUGAUUUGAAUGAUUGCUCUACAAUGUUUGACAGUUAGCAUAUUUUGAAUCUAGGCUAUACUUGAAGUACUAAGUUUAUUUAAGUAUAGUUUAUUUGUAGUUAUUUUUUGCAUAUAUUUAUGUUUAUUGUUUAUCAUUCAAUUGAGCUUCUCUGCAAUUAAUGGGAAAACUAUUUUUAUAUGAAACACUUCUUUUAUUUGCAGUGUAACUUCCAGAAAUGUAUAUAUUGUAGCUAACUGUGCCAUGUAUAUUAAUGUACAUAUCAUUGAAAUACUUUUUGUUAUUACAAAUUUGUUUUGCUAUUACUUAUACUAAAUGUAUAUACUUUUCACCAAUAGCUUGCAUAUUUAUUUAUUAUUUUCAUGUUUGUUCAGAUACAUUAUUUUCCCCAACUUAUCAAUGAAACGAAUUUGAAGUUGUAUAAGAUUUGUUUUAGCUUUUGAGCAAGUUAUUUUGUCAUACAAUAUGAAUAAAUCUAUUUAUUACUUGUUAAUUCUCUACUUUAUUACUGUGUCCUUCCAAGUAUUCACCAAAUGAUUUUG